GAAGAGGACCAGGAAGUCCUAAAAGUGAGCAGAGACCAAGAUAUGGCGGAAUUGGCUCAAGAAAGGCUUCUGGGGCCGAAGUUACAGGAUACAGUUAUGCUUUCUCUGAUUGCGAAAAAGUCCUCUAAAGCUAAGAUUGAGGUGAAGUCCUGUAAGAAGUCUCCUGAAGCUAGGACUGAGCUGAAACCUGGUGGGAAAUCCUCUGAAGUGAAGACUAAGGAGAAGAGAGGUGGGAAAUCCUCUGAACCUGAGCAGACCAAAAAUUCUGAAGGUAAUGCUGAGGCAGAGAAAUCCUCUGAAGCAGAAGCUAAACCAGAGUCAACCUCAAAAGCUGUGAGUAAAGAGAAUGGCACAACUGAAGCUACAGGUGAAGAGAAGAGUAAGCCUGAAGAAGCUGCAGUAGUAGAAGCUGAUUCUACACAAGAAUCUGAAGGAGCCAAAGACUCUGAAGCCAAACCUGAGGAAGCUGGUGCCCCAGAAGAGAAAGCUGGAUGGGAUGAGAUGGACCCGUGUCAGAGGUCCUCUGACGGUACAGAGAACAAGACAGUGGUUGGUGAAGCCACUGAGGCCAAAAGAUUCUCUAAAGCAGAGGCAGAGGUCCGGCAAGCCAGAAGAAGACAAACGUUAGAAGCAUCGGUCCUCUCACUCCUUAAUUUAAAGAACCCUGCCCACACCAGGGUGAAGAACCUGGUACUGGAGAGGUGUGACCGAGAGACUUGCAAUUGCAAAAGUUGUCCAAGCGAAAGGAAAGGCAGAUGUUUAUAUUGUGUUGAAAAAUGUGAUGUGCAGCUACUGAGAUAUGCCAUGUUCUAUCUGGUGUGGCUCAGCGCCACUUUUGUGUAA